AUGAAUGUCUAUAAUGUUAAUACAUUCGUUUUACUGUUUGUGUCAGUGCUUAAUUUUGUACAAAUUACAUCCGAACAAGUUGAACUGAAUCGUGCAUUCAACUUAUCGCCAGAAAUGCGUAUUUUCUCUUUGACUAAUACGUCAACGACAACAUGUACAACAGUGCCUCAGACAAAAACAACCACUUCCACGUCCACGACUAAUCAUUCACUCGGUUAUCUUGGUAGACGAUUGUUGAAUGAGCCUAGCUACGAUACCGAUCUCGAUAUUUCAUCACAACAUCAACAUCUGCUUCAGGCGGACAACGAGAUCAACGAGUUUCUUCAAGUCAACGAAGAGGAUAUGUUCAAAGCACUGCAAAACGUUGAACUCACAACAGAUGGAAGCGGAGAAACAACAUAUUCGACAGCUGAAUACAGUAGUGAUUCGACAUUCGUAACAACAACAGCGUCAAGCUCAGAAGCAGUAACUACUCAAAUGAAUCAUUCAAUAACUUCAGUUGCUACCUCUCAGACAUUUACAUCAAUCAUUACUACAACAACAACAACAAUGACCAUUACGGUGACCGAUUUGCCAAAUGUAACAACCUUUUUGCUGAUAUUGAAUUGUUCAAAUGCUGGUGAAACAUUAAAAGAAAUAGUGACUAAUUUUACGAGCAGUUUUACAUAUCCUAUUAUUCACAUUAAUUUCACUUUAAAUUCAUUGUACUAUCGAAUAUCUACGGAAGCGAAUGCCACGAUAACAAUUAUCACUGAUAAAAAUGUAACAAUACUAAAUGAAGUUUACCGUGUUCUGCGAAAUAUAGCAACACACAUGGGUGUAAGCUUGUAUGGUACAAAUACGUGUGGAAUGGAAGGGUUUACAACUGAAGUUCAAACUGUGACGUCUUGUUUUCUCAUUGAUACAUGUAAUCUGUGUGGUGCGAAUCCACCACGUGGAGUCUGUGAUCCAAAACAAAAUGUUAGCAAAUGUCGUUGUUUUACCAACGAAGAAGAUCCAUCAUCGCUCUAUCAAGGUGAUUUCUGUACGAAAUCAUCUGUAUCUAAAGUUCCAUCCUCGCGCUCGACUCCAAUCGUGAUCGGUAUUUUAGCCGGUUUAUCUGGCCUGCUUCUUAUAAUAACCAUUUAUCUGAUAGUCAUUACAUUUUUACAACGUCGACGUCGUUUGCGACAGCAAGCUAUUAAAACGUCACUUCGACAACAAGCUCAACAUUCACGGCAUUUACCGCGAAUUCAACCACCAGCUUCUCUCACUCCAGACCAAGUCUCCCACUACGUCGAAAGCAUCACACCAACAUCAAAUACUCAUCAAACAAACCAGGAUAAUCCUGAAAUGGACUCAAUAAGCAGCCAGUUCUAUCGAGAACUUGACCGACAACUGAUUGAACAAUCUCCUACUACGACAUCACCAUCCACGCGAAGUAUUAGGGCAUUCGAUAUAGCAUCUGACACGCUAUCAUCAUUGGACAGUUACGAUCCUAUCUAUGAAUUGGAUGCGAUUCUCGACAAUGAAGGUAUAUAUAUAGAACUCAAUCAACAGACUCAAAGUCAAGAAAAUGAACAUUUGUCAACCUUGCCAGUUCGCUUAAUCGAAAGCAGUAGUUUUGAAAAUAGAAUCUAUUUCAGUGAAGUAGAACGAAUUAUGCAUCGACAUCACUCGGUUUUUCAUUUCAACGAACCAUAUUCAGUAAUGCUUAUUACAUAUCUAUUAGUCUACAAUGGUAUUAUGGCAAUAUCUGCAGAAAUAUCUUCCGAACAGACAUUGUCUAGCAAUAUUCAAGAUCUGUCAUUGAAUACAUUGGACUCGAAGUCCAAAAAUAAAAUUAUUGAAAUCCAUCCAAUCAAUGAAGGUUUCAUACUUCUUCCCGAAAAUCUUGAUAAACCCGUAGUGAGCAAAUCAAAGCUGAGUGUAUCAUCAAAAACGUUUCAAACUGCUACAACAUACAACACGUCAACGACGACAUGUACAACAGUGCCUCAGACAAAAACAACCACUUCCACGUCCACGACUAAUCAUUCACUCGGUUAUCUUGGUAGACGAUUGUUGAAUGAGCCUAGCUACGAUACCGAUCUCGAUAUUUCAUCACAACAUCAACAUCUGCUUCAGGCGGACAACGAGAUCAACGAGUUUCUUCAAGUCAACGAAGAGGAUAUGUUCAAAGCACUGCAAAACGUUGAACUCACAACAGAUGGAAGCGGAGAAACAACAUAUUCGACAGCUGAAUACAGUAGUGAAGUGACAUUGACAACAGGAUCAGUAACCACACAUACUUCAGCAGCUGCAGGGGAAAGCACGACGAGUACACCCGCAACAACAGGAUCAGUAACCACGGAUUCAUUACCAAUGACGGAACCGGUAACCAUAGAUACUUCAGCAGCUGCAGGAGAAGGCACGACCAACACACCUUCAACAACAGGAUUAGUAGCCGGAGAUACUUCAGCAGCUGCAGGAGAAGGCACGACCAACACACCUUCAACAACAGGAUUAGUAGCCGUAGAUACUUCAGCAGCUGCAGGAGAAGGCACGACCAACACACCUUCAACAACAGGAUUAGUAGCCGGAGAUACUUCAGCAGCUGCAGGAGAAGGCACGACCAACACACCUUCAACAACAGGAUUAGUAGCCGGAGAUACUUCAGCAGCUGCAGGAGAAGGCACGACCAACACACCUUCAACAACAGGAUUAGUAGCCGGAGAUACUUCAGCAGCUGCAGGAGAAGGCACGACCAACACACCUUCAACAACAGGAUUAGUAGCCGGAGAUACUUCAGCAACAACAGUCCAAGAAGCUACGGGAACAUCAUCAAUAACAGGACCAGUAAAUACGGAAACUGAUCACUCGAUCACUUCAGUUAUCACUUCACAAACAUCCUUAUCAACCACUACUACAACAUCAAUGACAACCACGAUACCCGAUGAAACAGAUUUACCAAAUGUGACGACCAUUGUGCUGAUAUUGAAUUGUUCAAAUGCUAAUGAAACUGUAACAGAUAUAAUAGCAGGUGUGAGUAAAAGCAAUUCAUUAUAUGUGAUUGAACCUAUUUAUAAUCAGUCAUUGUCAUGUGCAACGCCCGGAAAAGUAAAUGUGACGUUGGUUGUGCGAACUCCAAAUAAUAACGUUACAUUAUUGAAUGAUUUGUAUGAAAUUCUUGAUAAUCUAACCAAAGGUCGAGAUGUCACAGUCCUUACUAAGAAUCCAUGCGGAAGAGAUGAUGAGAUAGUUGUUGUGAUGAAUACAACGUCGUGUUUUCUUAUCCACACAUGUAGUUUAUGCGGUGUAAAUCCAGUGCGUGGAGUGUGUGAUCCGUCACAGAACAUUGAAAAAUGCCGAUGUUAUGUGAACGAGGCAGAUCUGUCAUCACCGUAUGAAGGUGAUUUGUGUUCAAAGCCACGCCCAAAACCAGUCACAUCUACAUUUUCACUCUCUCGUUGGACUCCGAUUAUCAUUGGUGUUCUGGCUGGCUUAACUGGUCUAUUUGCUGCGGUGACAUGCUGUCUUUGGGCAAUGGCAGCAUGGCGUCGCCGACGACGUCAUCAUCCCGAAGAGUUCCAGAUUCGUCGUAUAUGGCAUUUGCCCCGUGCUAAAGUUCCAACGCCCGUAAAUGCGGAAAAUGCUCCAACCAAUUUAGAACCGACAAACUCUACUGCAAGCACUCAUCCACCUGAUUCCGAACCGGCAGAUAGUAAUACAACAGAUAGCACGUUUUUCAAAGAUCUAGAUCAAAGGAUGGGUGAAAAACUACGCGCAACAAUAACAAGACCUAACACGAAUGCUGUACUUGCUAGUUUGCCGUCGGACACAGCAUCAACAUUGAGUAGUUACGAUCCCAUCGAUGAGCUUGACGCUAUUAUCGAUAAUGAAGAUAUAAACCCAACGUUUCACGAUCCAUUAGAUGAACUUUACGACGAUAAUGAAAUGCUCGAAGUAAUGAAUCCAAAUUUGAAACUACCGAGACCGAAUGUCGACUCAAAACCAACUGGUCUCUUUUCGUUUCUCAAAUAA